UGCCUUUCUCUCCAGCUACAGGCUCCAUCUCCCACAAGCAAGGGGGACCCUGAGAGUAAGAGUGGGGCAACAGAGCCAGCGGCCUGCCAGAGCCCUGGAGGAGGGGUCCCCCCUCCGCCCCGCGAUCCCUCCGGGAAAGAGCCGGCUGAGUUCCAGCCACCGAGCCCGAGCCCGCGCGCAGGAGCGCAGAGCCAGGGUGCAUCCUGCGCUGCCGCCGGCCGGCUGUGCUACCCAGCGCUGGUGCCACAGCCACAUGAAGCCUGCUGGGGAGGCGGGGCCAGGGUGCAGCGAGCCGGCUGGGGCUGAGGCUGCCGCCGUCUCAGGGAGGCACUGACUCCCCAGGGGACCCCCUUCCUCUUGCGUGGGCGAAAAGUCUUCUCCAGGGGCCCCCGGUCAACCUGAAUAUCCAGGAUGGUGUUUCUGAAGUUCCUCUGGAUGGGUUUCCUCUGCCACCUGUGUCAGGGCUACUUCGAUGGCCCUCUCUACCCGGAGAUGUCCAAUGGGACUCUGCACCACUACUUUGUGCCUGACGGGGACUAUGAGGAGAACGAUGACCCUGAGAAGUGCCAGCUGCUCUUCAGGGUGAGUGACCACCGGCGCUGCUCCCAGGGGGAGGGCAGCCAGGCCAGCAGUCUGCUGAGCCUCACCCUGCGGGAGGAGUUCACCGUGCUGGGCCGCCAGGUGGAGGACGCUGGGCGCGUCCUGGAGGGCAUCAGUAAGAGCAUCUCCUACGACCUGGACGGGGAAGAGAGCUAUGGCAAGUACCUGCGGCGGGAGUCGCACCAGAUCGGGGACGCCUACUCCAACUCGGACAAGUCCCUCACCGAGCUGGAAAGCAAGUUCAAGCAGGGCCAGGAGCAGGACAGCCGGCAGGAGAGCAGGCUCAACGAGGACUUCUUGGCGAUGCUGGUCCACACCAGGUCCCUGCUGAAGGAAACGCUCGACAUCUCUGUGGGGCUCAGGGACAAAUACGAGCUGCUGGCCCUCACCAUCAGGAGCCACGGGACCCGGCUAGGUCGGCUGAAAAAUGAUUAUCUUAAAGUGUAGGUGGAAGGACACCCUGCCGGGAAAGGGCACCACACCAGCCCAC